GUGAUCAGUCACUCAAACACAACCCAAAACAAAAAGUGCGCCGUUCCGCCGAUUGUAAAUUUUGUGCAAUAAUUGUGUUCUUGUGCGCGUCGCGUAAAAUGUUGGAAUUCAUAAAAAUAAACGAUAAAUACUACGUGGUGGAGGUGCGGCAGGUGACCGAUAAUCAAACGGCAGUGGAAGAAAGUGGCAGUAAAGUUGUAGUGCAGUGCAAUCUGUUCGAUUUAUGCCAGCUCUGGUGCGAAACGAUAUCUGUUGAGAACCUGAUCGAACGGGAAAAGAAAUCCGAUUCCAUCAUUCAGUACACCGCGGAAAUCGUCAACGAAACCAUUCUCGCUCGGAAAGCGGACGACUUCUGCAUUACCCAAGGAUGUCCGGACUCUGUUUGUGGCGAUCUGUUUCUCCGUUUGAAAUACUACGUGCAAAGCAUUCCGGUGACAUUUACGUUGCGGCUGAAGGUGGCCACCAGCGAUGAGCUUGCAGAAAACGUUAUACUGCCCACAUGGCGAACGCUUCUUAUGUUGUAUGAGGAGAACUGUGCCCUAAAGGAUAUCAUCCUCAAAAAGGAUAUUGAAAUUGAACAAUAUAAACUCGAGGGAGCAAUUCUUAAAAGAAAUCUAGUAGCGACCAAUAAGUUCGACGAACGUAAAUUUUCCGAAACAUUUCCACUAAGUACGUCCUCGGAAGGUUUGCGGAUACGAGAUCUAAUCAAAAAUCGAGAACGCCGACUAAAUCUGAUGAAACAUUUGAAAAUCAAAUCUAAAGAUCCGGUAGAAACGGGAAGUCCUACGAAGAACUCACCAAAACUCAGUAAAACCAUACUGACCCCAACACGGAAAAGUCCCGGAGGCCGUGCCAAAGGACUGGAUGCAAUAUUUGCAAAACAAAGGUUACCGAAAUCUAUAUCGGCAUCUUCGAUGUCCCUGAAGAGGCUCCAAGCUAGCCAAUGCGAUGAGGAUGACGAUAAGGAAGAAGUACUCAGCACAAGUCAAUCCAGCAUCAACCAAAGUGAUUUAAGUAAUGCAUCCGGAAUGGUAAAAGUUAGAAAAAUAACGAAACUUUAGAAGACUUUUAUUGUAAUUAAUUAUAGUGUCUAUAUCUUUGUCUUUUGUGCGUAACUAAUAUAUUUACCUCUUUAGAUCAAAAUUUAUAAUUAUGUGUUUUUUCUUUAAGAAUGUGUUUCCUAUUCCUGGUACUUUGGAUUAACAUCACAUAAAAUUGGCUGCAGACUUUUUGGAGAAACAGUGAAA